UGAACUCCAGUGGCAAUCUUAAGUAAAUUAUUAUAUCGUGGUAAAAAUUGUGAAAGUGAUUUUCAUUAACAAAUUCUUUCAACGAAUUUAUAUUGGAAUACAAUUAUUAUCUACUGAAUUUCACCGCAUAAACACAAAUUAGACGGUUUUCAAAAAUAUGGCUACGAUUUAUGGGCUAACACUUGGAUCGUGCGUUGUUUUAACGAUUGUGUGUGUCGGAGCUAUUGAGACCGUUAACUCGGCCAGAGAUAUAGGCGGAGUGUAUUCAAUUGAAAGAAAACGAGGAAAUUCUGGAGAUAGCGAAACGGGCGAAGUCGUCAAAACUUCAAAUGUUCCAGGAAACUAUGACGAAUAUCCGAUGAUUGUUCCAAAACGGGCUGCUCUUCUACUUGACAGACUUAUGGUGGCCUUACACCAUGCCUUGGAAGACGAAAGAAAUGGCAAUCGUCGCUUAAGUGACAUCUACGGUAGAGACACGAGUAAAACUCCAAGUUUUCUUUUGAAAGGUGGUUCUCUUGCUGAUUUUGAUCCAACUGAACAUGAUAAUAUGUAUAGCGACGAAGAGCAGCCCGAUUAUGAUUUAAGAAAUUUAAGAGAUCUCAAAUCACCAAAUCGAGGCAGUGGUGAAACUUUAAUGGCAAAGAGCUUUCAGAGAAGAACACCGCACGAUGAGGACACUGGAUCUGGAAGGAGUAAUGGCAGAAUGUAUUGGCGUUGCUAUUUUAAUGCAGUUAGUUGCUUUUAGUUCAUACUUACACAUAAACAUACAAGAGGAGCAAAAUUUUUUUUUUUUAAAUGAAAAUUUAAAUAAUUUUAUUAAAAAAGAAAUAAAUACGUACAACAAUACAAAGUGCUAAAGUUAUGCAAGUUUUAAUUAUAUUUUUUAAUCAACCACAUAAAUACGUUUUCAAAAUUAUUUGUAAGAAUUAGAAAAUAAUUCACUAAUUUAAAAUAUUUUAAAGAAAAACUAAUAAUCUGUACACAAACCUAUUUAAGACGAAUAAAUAAAUGUUAUGUUUGAUAGUUGA